AACUAUUUUCAACAAACUUAAACGUUAUGUCCAACAGUAUAGGGUCUAUUUAUCUUUACAACCAUAUUGGCAAUGUUGAAAAACGGGUUUGGAAUUUAAAUCAGGAAACGUUACGGGCAGCGAUCACAGACUCACAGUAGUAACUUAGCACUCGAGGAAAAUGGACUUUUCCGGUAAAGUAGUUGUGAUAACUGGAGCCAGCUCCGGCAUCGGCGCCGCCUGCGCGGCCGCCUUCGCGCAGCACUCCGCCGCGCUCGUGCUGGUGGGCAGAAACCGCCCCAACCUGGAGCGCGUGGCGCAGCAGUGCCGGGAGCUGGCGGGGGCGGAGCCGCUGGUGCUCUGCGCUGACGUCAGCGUCGACGCCGACGUGGAGAGGAUCGUGGCCGACACCGUCGACAAGCUCGGCCGCAUCGACGUGCUGGUGAACAACGCGGGCAUCACGUCCGUGGGCGGGCUGGGCGCCGGCGUGGCGGCCCUCGACGCCGUCAUGGCCACCAACACGCGCGCGCCCUACCUGCUGGCCGGCCUGGCGCUGCCGCACCUCGCGCGCAGCCGCGGCAACGUCGUCAACGUGUCCAGCUGCCUGUCCACCAAGCCCAACACCAUGCUGAUGCCGUACUGCAUGUCUAAAGCCGCCCUGGAUAUGUUCACGAAGUGCCUGGCUCUAGAAGCGGGUCCACAGGGCGUGCGCGUGAACGCGGUGAACCCCGGGCCGGUGCGGACGGAGAUCUUCCGGCGCGCGGGCGUGUCCGCGGCGGACAACGAGCGGCUGUACGCGGGGCUGGAGGGCGCGCUGCCGCUGGGCCGCGUGGCGGACGCCGCGGAGGUGGCCGACCUGGUGGUCUACCUCGCCAGCGCCAGGGCUCGGAGCGUCACCGGCGCCUGCUACCCCAUCGACUGCGGACUGCUGCUCGGGGAAAAUACUACGAUUUAAAUACAAAAUUAUAUUGAGGAAUAAGUUAGAUAAGUUUUUGUUAUUUGAAUAAAUAUAUU